UGUUGCUCACAAGACGCAGGUUACAAGACGCUGAUCCGAUGAUGCUUGUAGUUAGUACAAACUCUUACGAAACUCAGAGUUAACCUAGAGAAGCUACUAACUAAAUAAUUAGAAAUGGACGGUCAGCGUUGGUUGCCACUGGAAGCUAAUCCAGAUAUUAUGAACCAAUUUCUGAGACAGUUGGGUUUGCUGCCGACCUGGCAGUUUGGCGAUGUAUAUGGGAUGGAUCCUGAUCUUUUGAGUAUGGUGCCUAGGCCUGUGUGUGCAAUCCUGCUGCUUUUUCCUGUCACCGAACAGUAUGAGUCAUUCAGACUGGAGGAGGAGGCUGCUAUCAAAGCCCAGGGCCAGAAGGUCUCCCAAGAUGUGUACUUCAUGAAGCAGACCAUUGGAAAUGCCUGUGGCACAAUAGGCUUAAUUCACGCUGUAGCCAACAACCAGCAUUAUCUGGAAUUUGAGUCUGAUUCUCCACUGAAAAGGUUCCUGGCUGAGUCUUCUAAAUUAAGUCCUGAGGACAAGGCUACCUUCUUGGAGAAUGAUGAGAGUAUUCGUGUGACACAUGAAUCCAGUGCACAAGAAGGACAGACUGAGGCUCCAAGCAUAGAUGACAAAGUGGACUUGCAUUUCAUAGCUUUUGUGAAUAUUGGGGGAGAUUUAUAUGAACUGGAUGGCCGCAAGCCUUUCCCUGUAAUACAUGGGGCAACCUCAGAAGAAUCCUUCCUUGAGGAUGCCACAGAGGUUUGUAAGAAAUUUAUGGAUCGGGAUCCCGGCGAGCUUCGCUUCACUGUGGUUGCUCUAUCCAAGGCAUGAACCUUUCACUGCGGCUUACACUUUUUUUGAUGACCAACCCCCAAACAAAGAAAUAUACAACUGCCAACCAAUCUCAAGUGCUGAAUUUUGUAAGCUUGUUAACAUUUUUGCGGAAUAAGUUUGCCUGUGGUUGAGAACACAUUUUAACUGGAACUGACUUGUCUGGUACUAAAAGGGCCAUGAGUGUCAGACUAAAAUUUUUCAUGCCCCUGACAGUUAUUGCGGGGGGUGUGAUUACAACAGAUUAACAAGCUGAAGUAACCCCUAGACAGGUUUAAAUUCCGAACUAACAGUUAAGACUAAGAUUGUGGGAGAAAGAGAUGGUUAUGAAGAUGCUUAGAGCUAAUAACAGGGAGAAAACUCAUUUCAGCAUGGACAUUACCAUUUAAGGAAUCCAACAUUUUAAUAUUAUCAACUAUAAUAUUAUUAACUUGUCACAAUAUAUUGUUUUACUUUUUAAAUUUAAUGUUGAAUUGGCUUAAAUGGCAAUAUGUGGACUGUGUAGGCUAUUUAAAGUAUGUUUUUAUUAUUGACCGACAUGGGGCGUGGGUUUAAAAAAAUAUGCGAAUGACCAUCACCUACCACAAAUAUGGUGCCUGCCUUUUCAAAAAAAAUUAAAUAGUCACACUGUCGAAUAAAAAAAUACAUUGCUU